AUGGCUUCCUCAUCUACUCUGAAAGAUAUUCCUUCCCUAAUUGAGAGGGCUAUAGCAAAACUACCUCCAGAUCUUGCUGCCCAAGCUGUUGACAAAAAGAGAAAGGCAAGAUCUCAAGACCCAGGAUGGAAGGAGGUAGUCCCAGCCGGAAUAUGCAGAUUCAAGCAGCACCUUGCUGGGGGGUAUGGAGAUGCAAUAAAAUGUCCUAAUCCUCCAGCAAUAGUUAGGAAGGAGAUGGCUGUUUACCUGAAAAAGAGUUCAAGGACUGUUCUUGUGGAGGUACCUACAGAAGAUGAAGAUGAACAAGAUGCUGCUGGUGCAGAAGAACCUGCAGCUGUACCAGUACCAAGUUCUGGAACAAAUGUUAAGCAAGCCAAGAAGAUUGCCUCAGGCUACCACAAGUAA